CAUCACCUUGUUUCUCUUUUCUCGUCAUUUCGAACAAAAAGCGCAAAAAUAACAUGCUUUAGGGCACAUUGUUACAUCCUGGCCGUAGGUUUUAUUGCAGUUUCCAUUUUAUAUGACGUAAGCAAUAUAUUGAGAGAAACAAGGCCUGAAAUAGCGGCGAUAAGUAUUUUAUGUUUUGGUGACUCUCUCACUGCGGGCAGUAUGGACACGAGUUAUACACAUCACCCUUAUUCUACAAAACUACAAGAGUACUUAAACGUUCGCGACCGGAGAAUGCUGGAUGAAAUCGUAAAACCAGUCUUCAAAGUUUUCCCCGCAGGAUUACCGAGCGAAAGAGCUAAACCGCGUUUGAAACAACUUCUUCAAGAUUUAAAAAUAACUUACUACCGGGUGAUUAUUCUUGGAGGAACAAACGACUUAAAGAAAUACGAAGAGAAUUCUUCAUUCGACUUUUACGAUGUACUGUCUAUUUUUAACGCACUGGUGAAACUUCAUAACGUAUCUCAUACAUUUGGAGCGAGGUCAGUAGCUGUCUCUAUUCCAGAAGUAGAAUGCGAGAUAUCAGAAACUUGUGCUAAUUUUAAAGCUCGUAACAAAAUCAACGAGCCUCUCCAAAGUUUUGUCGCCCGUAACAAGAGGUAUAUGGUUCUAACCGACUUCGCAAACGAGAUCAUGUAUCGUUCCCGCGAUCAGAAUCUUUGGAGUGGCCCAGUACAUUUCUUACCUGCGGUGUUCAGUUCUCCUCAGAGAUUGCAAAGGCAGAGACUAUCGUCGUCGAUUCCGCGGUCAAACGGAAAACGAGUGAGUUUAUAGUCAUCAGGUUCAAGUUAAUCUCAAAUAGGGCUUUUAAUAGAGAAACCUUCUUUGUUUUAAGUGCAGCAUUGCCAUAUGACCCAUAUCGCUCGAUGGCAAAUAGCUGACACCAGCAUUGUAAAUGAAUAUUUCGUAUGCAUCGACUUUCACAUAGCACUUGGUAACGUUACCAUCCAAUUCAAUAAAAUCUGUGUUCUCUAUUUAGCUCAUUUCAUUGCUGUUAUCACAAUGACGUUGCCACUGUUGCUACUUUUAAUUUCUUGAGGGCAGGGUGGAAUUGGGAGGUUAGAGAAACUUGCUGUGAGGUUUACUUUUACCGAAUAAAAAAUUUGGAGUGUCUGUUCAUUUACACAAGCUAAAUAAAGAUUUAAUCCUCCUGAAUUUAGCUCUGUGAUAUGAUUUUAAAAAAUUUUAUUAAGCUCUGAAUUAUCAUCCAAUCAAAGACCAGUUCGCACAUCAGGUACAGGUUCUUAACCCUUUAAUUCCCUUGGGUGACCAAGACGGAAUUUCUCCUUACUAUAUCUAUACAAUAUCAUGCAGACAAGUGUUGAGAAUAAAGAAAAAUAUCAAUUAUGGAAUAACUAAUUGAUCCGAUACCAAAUUCUCCAAACUAAGAUAAUAAGACUCAUUUGCCAGACAGUUAGGAGAAUUACAGGUGCGAUCGUGGGAGUUAAAGGGGGAAACUCAUUCAGUCAUUGUUAUCUUACUUUGCACUCUACUAAAGCAUGCUAAUUUCAAGCACGCUGAUUUCAACCAGUCAUAUACUUUGGUAAACUGCGUUGACGUAUUUCAUUGGUUGAUUGUCCAUUUUACAGUUGCGUGUUUGGUUGCCAAGCUUUUGAGGAGGAGUGAGGCUAAGGGUGACCUUAUGAUGAUACAAACGUUGCUGCUUUUCAAAUAUAAAUUACUUAGCUAACUAGAUACUGGUCUCUAUCACAAUGCAGUUACUUUCCGCCUCACUCCAAAUCAGAAGCUUGGCAACUAAGUACACAAUUGUGAAAUGGCCUAUUGCUGAGCUUUGUUUGCAAAGAACAGAUGGAAAUGAAUUAAUGGCGGCAAGAGGUUAGCUCGGGCACCAUAUACUUUUAUGAAUAUUAAGAGGCGAUUACUCGAGUUUCAUUUCUUUUAACACCCCAAAGCUAGAAGAUAAUCGCAGUUGAACGUUUUGUAUUUUGCAUAUUCUGUCAUAUUACCAGGACAAAACAUGUGGGUAAACAAUGGCUUUUUAUUAAACAUUUGGGGAUUGAAAAGAAUUCUAUCUUAAGGAGAUGUUUUCGCCGCCAUGAGAAGUCUUCUUAUUCUAACAUAGCUCAAGAUCUGGUAAAAAAUUUUUUCCCUGACAUAAAAUUUGACAGAGCCAAAUUUUUUUAAAAUACUCUAUAUAAAUAGCUCAAAUUUAGUUUUGAGCAGAAAAUCCUUAUAGUAACCCAACAUAGUAACCCAUCAUAGAAAAAUCAAUUUCUCCUAUAUCUUGCUUUUAUUCUUCGGUUUCCUGUGAAAUAAAAUAAAGAAAUUUUAUACUAAGACAUGACAGCCUUAGUUGUCAAAAGAAAACCUAUACUAGGCUAGCAAGCACUGAACACAUGCGGUGAUAAUAUUUUCAUUUCUUUUAGCUCUGUUCUCAGGGAUCUGACUUACCCACCUAAACUAGUACCAAUUGCCUUAUUAUUCUGGCCUCCAAGAUGACUUUUAUCCUCAUGUCCCUGUCUCUGAAAAAAAAGAACAUGAAAGAUAAAAGGGGGAAAAAAUUUAAAAUCUUGAUGUUUAUUAUUAUACCUAGAAAAAUAAAUAGACAAUAAAUUAUUGUCUACCAAAAGGGACUUACCUUGAUCUCUGGCUGAAACCUCCAUCAUUUGGAUGGGGGAUCCCCGUAGUAUCCUGAUUUUGAAAACAAAUAAAUGUUUAUGCACUAGUAAGCAGAUUUUUUCAUUCUUCCACAUACGUUCUACAUCUAGAUUAUCUGCCUUUUGACUCAGUUUGAGCUGUGGUGCACGUUAGUAUUUAAUUGUUGAUGCACAGCGUUAAAAUGAGCGAAUUUGAGUUCCUGAAACCCUUUACAGUAAAAAUAGAUUCGAGUCGAAAAAAUUAUGGACCACUGAUUGAUUUUCAUAAUUAACUCGUAGUAGGAAAGCAUGGUUUACCUGCACGUUACAAAGAAUUUCAGGUAUCCCACUCAUUUCAGCACACAAUAUAUCUGGUGCAUUCGCUGGAAACUGUGGUAAAGAACGCCAUGAAGAAUGGUUACAAGGAAAUGUUGCUGUGACAUUUAUCAAUAAGAAAUGUCACCUCCACCGGAUAAAUGUGUAAUAAAGUGUUACAAAAAUGACAGUUUGUUCUGUUUGAGAAUAUUGAAACAAAUUUUCAUUUUUUCGAAUAGAUGAAAGCUCUACCCACCAACUGAUAAAGCAUAUUAAGUUUUCACUAACUGUGUUCUAUAUAUAUAUAUAUAAAUUUUUCCUACAUUCAUUGUUCCUGGCGAGGAGGCUUAUUUUGAGACCAUGGGGCUUUUUACUAUAGCUUCCUCCCACCCUCCCUCCCCACUUUACUUAAACUAAAAAUACAGUAAUCAGGGCAAACAAAGCAAAAGAAAGUGAAAAUUACACAAAAAUAAAAACAAACGCAGACAGGAACCAAGCAAGUAGAGACAUUGGAGACAUGCUACAAACAAAAAGUAAAAAAUAUCUACUUGAAGAGUAUCAGGUUAGGAGAAAAACCAGUGUGCAUAUAGUAACGAAAACGUACUGAAACUUAAUAUACCUAAUUAUAUCCUAAUUACCAAAUCAUGACACAAAAGAGUCGAAAAUUAGAUAUUAAACUUUUAGUACAGUAAGUUUAGUAAGUCUAAAUUUUAGUUGAUCAUAUUCGUUGGGCAUAUUGCUUGUCAUUUAAAGUAUUUUCAAACUAUUGAGCCGGCUCUAUUUUUGCCGUGUAUAAAUUGUGAGUGAUAAUAAUAAAUAAUAAUAAAACCUUUAUUCAAACACGAAAAACAUUUCAAGCCAGAGGCUUUUGGGGUCGUGUUACAACAAAAUUAACAUAACAUAAAUAAUAUUAUGAUCAUAUAUCUAAUUAAAAUAUAAGAAACCACGUAACUUAGUUAAAAAUUGACAGAAAUGCUUUAUACUCUUGGAAUCUAUGUAACAAUCUAUCAUUCUGUUCCAUAAUAUUGAACCUCUCAGAUGAGUAAUGGUAUAAGACACUUACCAGCGGAUGUGGUGCUGCCAUUUUCCUGACAACUAAGGACCUAAAACAAAACACAACGAGCCCUGAACAAGUCUUCUUUAAGUAGGUUAGAGCUUCAUCUACGUUUUAUCAUAUUUACCUCCAAAGUGCAAUGUAGUAAGGGACUCGCUUUAAUCUGUUGGAGUAUUUAACAAGGUGAAAACUUAUAAUUGGCGUAGCUAUGUCAAUAUUCGCUUUAUAAACAGUAAGUUCCGACCGAAGCCGACUGUGAGCAUUCUUUGAGGAAAGGUCCCCUAAAACUGAUAUGAUGAUUGGAAUGGUUUUAAAUCUUAAUCGUGUCAAAAUUUAGAAACCUGAAUUUAAGAAAUUAUAAUAGAACUUGUGAUUUGUGGGCAAAUACUAACUUCACAUUGGAAUCCUCGCCGUUUCAAGACCCUCAGGACUCUUGAUUCACUCGAUGAAGGACUGGGUACAAGCAUUCGAACAACCAAUGGCUUCUCGAAUAAUCUCUUUCACCACAACAUGGCGGUGAGGAAAUGAAGACCCCUCUUGUACUAAAUUGAAGAGUUGCAAAAAUUUAAUCUUUAGCCAAUAUCGUGUUAUGGUGUUUGUUGUGAAACACCUUAGUUUCUGUCAGUGUGGGAGAGUGCGUUCUUCUCUCACAAUGUGGCCCAAGUUCCUUUCUCCAGCCUUUCAUAACUUGUGGAUAUUUUCGGUCGUUGAACGUUGUCCUUUCUCCUCGUUUUCCAACCUUGAAAAGCAAGUCGCAAAAUUCCAUUUCGACCAACAUCCUCCACGCACUCCUUUAAUAUUUGGGUAACCAAGGCACAUGUUUUUCUCAUACAUAUACAUUGUGUAUAUGUGACCUCGAUCUCAAAGACGGUUUGGGGGGCAUUGUUAAAGAUGCUGUAAAAUCGUAAAAAAUUAGAUGCAUUGAUAAAUCUUAAACUUAUAGAGUUUGACUUCCAAUGUUAAAGAUCUUGCCUGGCCUUUAAAGGUAUAUUCUUUCUUUUUGCUCAUAUUGGAAGCAAUAACCGCCAACUUCGAUAACUCCUCUGGAAAACAGAAGUUAUUUGAUGAUGUGGAUACGAAAUGAUGGGUGUCCCAAAUGGUCGUAGGCAGCUUUCUUUUCCUCCACCUGUUUUCUUAAGCCUCUCUCUCGUUGGCAUAUUUAAGGUCUUUGAAAACUAAGAUUUAAGGCGUUGAUCGGAAUCGUGUAAGCACUUCUCGCCUGAUAUGAAAUAAAUUGCAUCCUUUUUGAAGCAACCCCCCUGCAAGGAACCAUGCUGACGUUUGAAAAUUGAAAGGUAAAAAACACAAUAAGCAGCCAAUGCCGUUUAACUAUAUGCUGCGGUCAGAUUUAAUUUUAAACGUUACAAGGACAAGUGCUCUCAUCUAAUUGGCUGAACAUGUCAACAUCCAACGGAGUAUUUUUUCCUGUGCUAAUGAGUUUACAUAAUACAAAUUUCAAACAAAACCUUAUGGGAAAGGAGAAUUUAUAUGACUGCGGAAAGUUUCCAGUUUUCCAAGCUAGACAGUCAUUUCAUAAUAAGUAGAUGGUGUUAGGUUUGAUUCGUUAAAUAAAAUUAAAAAUUUUAAAGGUAGUACACAGUGAGUCUAAACCUGAGCCAUCUAUCCAGAAUAAAAUGAAACCAGGUGUCAGCGCAGCUUGUGGUGUUCAGAUGUUUUCGAAAACAUUUUUAAUUUAUGGAAAUUAAACUUGUUUUCAAUUUCACGAAAGCGAACACAGUUUCUAAUCAUCGUGUUAUGUCGUUCUUUAAGAGAAGAGUGGGAAUAAAUCAGGGUAGUCGACGUGAAGAGUCAGGUGCUUUUGACACAGAAAUGCUUAUGCUUUUUCCUUAUAUAUUUGGUUCUCGGUUAAAGCUCAAUGCUGUAAAUUUUGAGACUGGUUUCCAUGGAUCACGGAGUUCUAAACCUUUUCUUGUUUUUGGAAUGUUAACACUUUAGUUUCUUUUAGUCUUAGUCCACAACGUUGUUGUGCCAGUUAUCUUGUCACUAUACUCUCUAAGUCCUAUAUUUACCGUCCUCGAUACAACACGCCUGAUGACUUAAUAUUCGAAUAUAGCAAAAAUAAUCAAACAGAAAACUUGUAAACUUACAUUUUUUAAGAACGCUGGGAUGGGAAUGUCAGGCAUAGAGCGUGUCUACUGUUUAACCUCGUAACUUCCCGGAGCCAACGGGCAUUUCCCCCCUCAUAGAAGUCCAUCAGCUUUUCACAUCGAAUGGAACGUGUGCUUCAGACAGCGCCAGGUCGGAAAGAAAGAAGAACGCUAAUUAAGAAACCGGUCAAUUUACAUCGCCUGCGUGGGAGGGGGAAGGGGUUUGGUCUUGCCUCGAAAAAAUUUACCUGAACCCCGUGGGCUUUAUUAUAAAUUUCUUGGAUCCCCGCCCCCUCCUCCCCAUUGGCAGUCAAUCGGCAGUCGAUUUUGUAUAGUCCCUCUUUAUACUCUUUUGGCGAUGACUGACCCCCGCCCCUCCUUCCGUUCCCCCUGAAAACCAUAUGUUCCCCCAAAAUCCUCUUUCCAACCCCACCCCUCCCCCCACGGCGACUUGAAGACCUUUUUUUAUGCGAAAGGAACUCUUAACCCCGUUGAAAACAACAAGAAAUGUUAUUUCAUUGCCUAUAUCUAAAAUGUUUUUGUUUAAUCUCAGUACAGAUGGAUCUGUACUUAAUCUAGUACAGAUCCAGUCACUCUUUAAGUUUUUAAUUCUCUUCCAGAUCUUUUGAGGUGGUUGAGGCUCAGAAAGUUCUUUUUUUCAUCGAGAACAAACCACAAAAACAAAUUAGAAAAGAAGAUGAAUGAAAUUAUUUUCAUCAGUCGAGCCCUUGACUCGCUUGUUUCGAUUUAUCUAGAACUUCGCUUUGUCUUUUGUUGUCGUUAUAUUUUCGCCCCUUUACAGGUUCUGACAGGGAAAGUCUGAUUUUGAAUGAACAGUUUCCAGCUUCGGUGCUUUGAAAACGUCGUCAAAUUUAAGCCAGAUGAGCUGAGUGGUGAAAGAAAAUUUUGCGUGGAAUGCAUUCUUUAGCGCGGCAGGUUGAUUCUCCAUGUACCUGCUUUGUAUCCAUGGUAACCAGGGUUGCCACUUUCAGCGAGGAUGUAAACAUCACCUUGUUUUCCUUUUCUCGUCAUGUUUAACAAAAAGCGCCAAAAAAUAACAAGCUGUAGGGCCCAUUGUUGCAUCUUGGCCGUAGGUUUUAUUGCGGUUUCCAUUUUAUAUGCCUUAAGAAAUUUACUGAGAGAAACAAGGCCUGAAAUAGCGACAAUAAGUAUUUUAUGUUUUGGUGACUCGCUCACUGCGGGCAGUAUGGACACGAGUUAUACACAUCAUCCUUAUUCUACAAAACUACAAGAGUACUUAAACGUUCGCGACCGUAGAAUGCUGGAUGAAACCGUACAACCAGUCUACAAAGUUUUCCCCGCAGGAUUACCAGGCGAGAGAGCGAAAGAUCAGAUGUUACCGCGUUUGAAACAUCUUCUUCAAGAUUCAAAAAUAACUUACAACUGGGUGAUCAUCCUUGGAGGAACAAACGACUUAAAAAGAUAUAAAGACAAUUCUUCCUUCGACUUUGACGAUGCACUGUCUAUUUUUAACGCACUAGCGAAACUUCAUAACAUAUCUCAUACGUUUGGAGCGAGGUCAGUAGCUGUCUCUAUUCCAGAAGUAGAAUGCGAGAUAUCAGAAACUUGUCCUAAUUUUAAGAAAGUACGUAACGAAAUCAAUGAGCUUCUCCGAAGUUUUGUCGCCCGUAACAAUAAGAAUAUGGUUCUGGCCGACUUGGCAAACGAGAUCAUGUAUCGUCCCCGUGAUCAGAAUCUUUGGAGUGGCCCAGUACAUUUCUCGGCGCAAGGAUAUGAUAAAAUGGCAAACGUUAUUUACCAUUCGAUGAAAGAUCACGUG